AUGAGUAGCGCAAGUCCCAUCUCAGAAGAGCCGAUCAGUCAGUCGCCGCUCUCGAGCCCCUCGCAGGAUGCUGCUGAUGAUGCUUCUGUAGGCGGAUCACCUGCAACCGUGCCAGGUGGCCUGCAAGCUAGUGCCGCCUCGCCCAGCACAACUGCACAAGAUCACAGCUAUGGCGUAUCGCAGAGCCCGACGGAAGGAGACAUGCCAUUUGCAGAUAUGGAACGUUCCAGCAGUGUCAAACAGCCGUCUCACUGCUCGAGUGGAGCGCCGAGCCAUCGAUUGGGCAGCGAACAGCCGGAAAGGAACAGAGUGCCGUAUGCCCACAAUAGAUCGUACUCUGCCAUUUCGACUUCCUCUUCACUCGGAGUGCCUUCCACUUCAGCAUCUGGAAACUCACUCGAUCGAAGCGAGUCCUCGAGCAGCCUAGUGGGUCACGACGACUCUCGCAGAGCAUCACAGUCCCCUCGCCCACGCAUGGGGCACUCUAGAAGCGGCAGUAGGAAUGCAAGCCACGAGUACAAGGAGACAUUGGAUGCCAAGAGCCAAAUGAUGGCGGUAAGUAUGCUACUUCUUUGCCGUCGUCACAAUCGUCUCCAGAUCGGCUCAUUUUGCUUUGUUGAUGUCACUGCCUAUAGGACGGGUCGCGGAUCAUCAAUCAGUAUCGACUCAAGGAAGUGAUAGGACAAGGCGCUUAUGGUGUGGUAUACAGGGCAACGCUGCUACACGAUGACAGCGUCGAAUUUGUGAGAGACGCGUGCAUGUAAGAACUUCGAGCGCCUAUUGGUCCUCACGUCUCGAUCGUCCUCGCACGCAGGCUGUCAAAGAGUUUGGGAAGACGAGGUUGCGCAAGAACAAUAGGAGCAAUGCAUUCCGACGGAGUCGGGGAAGGGGUGCAGGGCCUGGUGCUGCGGUCAGGGGCAGAGGCUUUGGUCUUGGAAUGACGCCGCGACGUCAAGGCAUUGAGGAAAGCAACCAGGGAGAGGAAGAGCAGUCGUCUCCAGCCCCGGACGAUCCUCUGGCACUGAUUCGACACGAAGUCGCGAUUCUCAAAAAGCUGAGCCACGAGCACGUCGUGCAGCUUUAUGAAGUGCUUGAUGACCCCUCCAAAGAUGGCCUCUACAUGGUCUUCGAGAAUUGCCCGUGCGUAUCCGCAAACACGGUUAAAGAUGUGGAUGCGAGAACUGACCUAUGAAUCUCUCGCGCAGUGAUGGACCUGUGAUCAAUGUCAAGCUUCACGAAUCGGUGGAGCCGCUGUCGGAAGGGAUGGCCAGGGACUACUUCCAACAGAUAAUACUGGGCAUCGAGUAAGUCAUCUACAGACUGGUCCAAGCUACCGCCCCUUCCUGAGCAUCUGACACUUUACGGUGUCCUGCAUGAAGAUACUUGCAUUGCAAUGACAUUGUCCAUCGCGAUGUGAGCAUCAGAUAACAAGGUCGUCCCCGUCAGAACCGAGCGAAGCUGAUGCUAGUCCUGGCCUUCAUCCUGCAGAUCAAGCCCGAUAAUAUUCUGCUCACCGACAACAAGCGGACAUGCAAAAUUGUUGAUUUUGGUGUCUCAGAGAUGUUCUUUCGACCGGGCGAUGACACUUUAAGGAAAAGUGCAGGAAGCCCGGCAUUCAUGAGUCCAGAACUGUGCACAGCAGGACACGGCGACUUUCAUGGGCGGGCGGAUGACAUAUGGUCGACCGGCGUCACGCUUUACUGCAUGGUCGUUGGCAGGCUCCCUUUUGAUAAAAGCCAGUUCUUUGAGCUCUACGAGUCAAUAAAGAACGAUGAGUGAGUGUUCUAGCUUCCUAUGCACGCCUAUUAAGCUUGGCUCACAACACUUCUUUCAGACCCGACUACCCAAGUCAUCUCUCCGCAACGCUGGUCGACGUUCUUCAACGGCUUUUCAAAAAGGAUCCGGCAAAACGCAUUACCAUCGCUGAACUUCGUGAAAAUGACUGGGUCACAAACGGUGGCAGAAUGCCGAUGGUAUCGCAAGACGUCAACUUGGAACAGGUUGUAAUCGAAGUCACCAAGGAGGAGAUCGACUGCGCCAUCAACCGCAUCGCGAGCAUUUUGUGAGUCCCAUUUCCCUCCUGUACCCAAACUUGUGCGAUGCUCAUUCUCGCUGCCUCUACUCUUCGAUCGCAGCACCAUCGCACGCGCUGUUCAGCGAUUCAAGAGGGGCUCGUCAAGUCGCCGCAACGCGUCACAAUCGCAGGGUAGCGAAGAUUUGUCCAGGGAAGAUAGCAGCUCGGCAAUUGAAAUACCUCAAGUCUCUUCGCCGCCGCAGAUGCCUCUUGGUACCGAAGAGAAGCCGAAUGUGGCUGAAAGCAGAGUUUCGGCGAAGGCGAAACAAGCGCAAGGACCCCAAGAGUCAAGCACCCCAUCGGCCUCUUCAGAGCGACGACCGCAAAACGUCAUCAGGCUGAACAGCAUCACUUCCACCGUGUCUGCGGGGACCGGCAAAGACGGAGGUUCAGAAGAUGGCGGCAACCCGUCAUCUGCUGCUACCACCCCCAUGUCACCUGCCGGCGGCUCGACCUCGGGCAGCUUGGGUCAUCGAAGGAACUUCUCCCUCGAAGAUCCAUCAUGCAAAAUACCGGGCUACUUUCCGGACACGUCUUCGAGCGAUGCAGGUGUUGCGGCAGAGAAGCAGUUUCAGAAGCAGUCCCAGCCUGCAAGCGACCUCGGACAAGCAGUUGAGGACUUGAACACGCAGGUCAAAGACAUGCACAUCGCUUCAGAACCCACACCGCGACCAGCCAAUUCGCAAACGUCGAAAGGGUCCGAGAAUACCGUCUCACCACAAUUGUUCGAUGAACCCGAAUCAGAGGGCGAUGACAGCAAGUCGAGUGCCUCUGCAGCGCGGCCGAGCUAUCACUCGAAGAGGGACAGACCCCAUCCAAGGUCCAUUCCAACAACUCAGGCUGAGACACGUCAAUCGGUAGAGCGCCCAAAAAUGCCGAGCAAACUCUUUUCUGGCCCCGUUGCCGAGUCUCCAAUGACGGAAGAUUCUCUCCCUCCACCACCCGGUGCCAGCGAUUUCUUUAAACUUAACAGUGCCAGACCAGCCGAGGAGCAGGAUCCAUCUGAGGCGUCAUAG